AUGGGGAAGAAGCUGGUGAUGGCCCAGAAGCGGGGAGAGACCCGAGCCCUCUGCCUGGGCGUGGCCAUGGUGGUGUGCGCCGUCAUCACCUACUACAUCCUGGGCACCACCGUGCUGCCCCUGUACCAGAAAAGCGUGUGGACGCAGGAAUCCACGUGCUCCCUGAUUGACACCAACAUCAGGGACCAGGAGGAGCUGGAGGGCAAGAAGGUGCCCCAGUACCCAUGCCUGUGGGUCAACGUGUCAGCCGUGGGCCGGUGGGCUGUGCUGUACCACACGGAGGACACCCGGGACCAGAACCAGCAGUGCUCCUACAUCCCAGGCAGCCUGGACAACUACCAGACGGCCCGCGCUGAUGUGGAGAAGGUCAAAGCCAAAUUCCACGAGCACCAGGUUUUUCACUGCUUCUCGACGACUCGGGAGAAUGAGACCAGUGUCCUGUACCGGCGUCUCUAUGGGCCCCAGACCCUCCUCUCCUUUCUCUUCUGGCCUACCUUCCUGCUGACUGGGGGCCUUCUCAUUAUCGCCAUGGUCAAGAUCAACCAGUCCCUCUCCAUCCUGGCAGCCCAGAAGUAG